AUGGCGCGGCGGCUGCAGUGGCGCUUGGCCCUGGUGGACUUUGAGGACGGUGGCGGGAACACGCCACUGUCCGAGGCGGCGGCGGGCGGGCAGUCCCUGGCCAUCCAGCUGCUGGCCGAACAGGGCGCCAGUCCCAACAGCAAGGGCGCCUUCGGCCGGACCCCACUGUACCGAGCGGCCUUUGGGGGCUACCUGGAAGCCGUGGAGGUGCUUCUGAAGCUCGGAGCUGACCCCCGGAUAUAUGCAGACGACGGGAGCACCCCCGAGCAGGUGGCCUCACUGGACACGGUGGUCAGCGUGCUGCAGUCGUGGGACCUGAGCCUCACAGACGCCAUGCUCCGGAACAUGGAGGCUGAGCGGGAGCGCCGGGCACGGGAGGCCGCACGGCACAAGGAGGCGGAGGCCCAACGCAUGAACCUCAAAACACAGCAGCUGGCCAAGAAGCAGCAGCAAUGUCACCAGCAGCUGCAGCAGGCCUACUGUGAGCUCAACCGGAGGAUCGCGGAGCAUGACAAGUGUGAGCGGAGGGGCGCGGGCCUGGCCAAGCUCACACUGCAGGCCAUCAAGGAUGCAGAGGAGCAAGUGGACAGGCUCCAGCAGGAGGCCCAGAAGGCAGAGGAGGCCCUGGCCCUGGCCAGGCUGGAGCUGCGGGAGCAGACCCAGGAGGCGGAGGAGGAGGUGCCCGGGCUGAAGUGCCAGGUCAGUGAGCUCCACGAUGUGCUGAUGAAGGACGUGGGUGACCGCAUCCGCACAGACGGCAGGUGGCCUCUUGUCAUCGACCCUUCGGGCCAGGCGGCCACCUUCCUGCGCUAUCAGGACACCAACUACGUGGACGCCGUGAACCCCGACCACCUGCGGCCAGAGAGGAUCCGGCUGGCCCUGCUGGGGGCGCUCAGGUUCGGGAAGCCGCUGGUGUUUGACCUGCGCGAGGUGGAUCUGUUCCCGGCCGUGCAGCGGCAGCUGGAGGCGGUGCAGCCGGGCCUGGCGCAGGAGCUGCUGGGCCGCGGUCUGCUGGAGCAGGAGAGGUACCUAUCGCUGCUGCGGCCGACAGAUGGGCCCGAGUACGGCCCCAAUCAGUUCCAGGAGGCGCGCCUGCAGCACUUCCGCCUGCUCUUCGUCACCAAGGUUCGGUGGCCGCCGGCUGAGCAACUGCAGGUCCUCCUGCCUGUGCGCGUGCAGCUGCCGGGCGGGGCCUCUAGUAGCCCUCCCCAAUAAAGGGCCCGCCCCCGGA